GCGGCUUCGCAAUGGAUGGAAGGUUUGAGCGAGUAAAAAUGAAAUGAUUUCACUUAAGUGUUAUUGUUCUCAGUUUCGGCAACAGAAAGAACUAGUCCUGAGGCAUGUCUGCUUUGAAGGAGAGUCCCAAGAAAGAAGAAAAUGACAAUUCCAUGUCUGAAAUCUCUGAGAAUGUAAUGAGCAAGCAAACAUUCUCUCCUGAAGAAAGUGCUUUGGAUCCAUCAAUGCAGUGCCCAUGUGAAAACAUAACAACCAAUAGUGACCAAGCAGAUCUACUGACACAUGUUAGUUUUAUUGACUCCAUCUGUGCUGAUGGGCCAGCCAAAGCUGCUUAUGUCAAUGGAUCAACUUCACCCAAUAUAUCAGAUGAAAUUCUGCUGGACAUUUCCAAGAAUGUUCCAGGAUUCCUCCCUAAAUCAUUGCAUGCACAGAAUUCUACUGUUACAGCCAACAUCCAAUUUGAAGAAAGUGAUCCAGUUAGGAAAGACAGAGAAAUGACAAUACGACAGAUGUUAACUGCUGAAGAUGUUGAACACCGUGGUAUUUGGGGCUUUGAUGCAGAAUCUCCUGAAAACUCAGUAGAUAGCUAUGAUGAUGGAAAUGAUCUUGGCUGGAAUCCUCAGAGAGAGUUCAUGAAGUUCCUGCUGGAGGAUCAUGAUCGUUCUGAAACGGAGGAAAAAAUUUCGACAGUUUCUCCAUCUGUCAGCCAUAGAAAGAGGAAGCGUAAAAUGGACAUGGUGGUAAUGGUAGAUCCCUCAGAGGAUCUCUAUACAGAUUUGAAUUUAGAUUCAAAAAACGAUCACCUGGGUGAUGGAAGCCAAAUAGACAAUGGUACUGUCAACAAGGGAGAGCCUCAGUGGAAACGACCCGGAUCACAUUCGGCAGUAUCGAAAAAUUUGCCAUACUCAAAUGGAACUACAGUGGCCUUCAAACGCUUUUUUCCUAAACCAGCGAAAAACAGGACAAGUCAGAAGCUUGGGUUUGUCAAAGAGAAUCUAUCAACAGACUCUGGCUCAGAGGAGGAAGCUAUGUUUUUUCCGAGCAAUAGCAAAUUUAAAGAUAAAUCUCAUUCACGAAGGCACAUGAAAAAUCGCUCAAAUGCGCCAAAUCAAAAGCCAUUCAUAUGCAAAGAGUGUGGGAGGGCUUUUUUUGAUCAUAAUUCACUUUUAAAACACAUAACUAUUCACCAGAAUAAGAGAGAGAAAUUUGUAGAGGAAAUUAAGGGAACAGAUAAACUUAAAGAUGAGGGCAAAGAUGCAAGGUUACAGUGCCCACAAUGCACUUUUGGAACCAACUGCCCCAACACGUUUGUUCAACAUGCAAAAACACAUGAAAAGGACAAAAGGUACUAUCACUGCGAAAAGUGUAAUUAUGUGGCAUUGAAUGAAACUGAGCUGAAAGGUCAUAUGCUUUGUGAACACCGUGUAAGUGAUGAUCAGUAUCUGAUAAUGGGAAAGCAAGAUGGAUUAGAGGAACAAAAGUAUGUAUCGGAUAGAAAUGCAGCAACUUCAUGUCCAACCUCAUUCUCCUGUAAAGUGUGUUCUUUCAAAACAAAAAACAAAAACAUUCUUAGGAGUCAUGUUGAGAUAUUGCAUCGACAGAUUUUUGGUGUGAAUUCAAAAGAUGAUGUGCACAGUUUGGAAAGUAGCAAAAAUAGAUCUCCAACUAAACAGUCUUCCUCUUUCUGCAGAUUGCCCAGUGCAGGUUCACAGUCACCAGAGAAAGAAGCACAACAACUAUUAUCUGAGGACUCUAGGAAAAAUGAAAGCAUGGUGUCUGAUCAAACACCCAGAAUAUUACAGAUGGACAAAAUGAAACAAAAAGAUACAGCAAAUGAUAAAUUGCCUAAAAAUGAAUCAAGACUUGACAAAUCAAUUAACACACUCUUGUCUCGGAAAAGACAUAAUGAAUACAAUGGCUCAGAAAGCAAAUCUAAUAAGAUGUCUGACAAAGUCACCAUAACGACUAAAUGUCCAGACCUUGGGAAGGACUGUAUUGAUGAUUCUCUUGAUCCAGAAGCCACACUGUCUGGGAAAGAUGGUACAGCCUCCCUGUCCAAGAGCAAGAGGGAACUGUUUACAGUUAAGGAGGGGGGCUCAGUUGGCAGUUUGAAAUCUGAUGGUAGUUCAUGUGAAGGUGUCAUAAGCAGUAAUGAUGACGGUUCCCAAAGCGAAAAAUCAAGCUCCAGCUGUGAACAUUUACCUUUAGGGAAGCCAGCGUUAAAGAAGUCCCCUUCCAAAAGAAAAAUGUCCACUCCUUUCCAUAACAUGCAAGGCCAACAUAUUCUAAUUGACUUUCCUAAAUGUAGGCAAAUUUUUAAGAAAACGGAUGUGUCAGAAAAAUAUAUGGAAGUGAAUAAAGAGGAUGGUUUUAUACACAAUUCUAGCCAUAACUCCAGUUCACACCUUACUACACCUGAGUUUAAAGAUGCUUUAUAUACCAACAGCCAAUUUUUAAGGAAACGUUCAACUCCUACAAAGGGAAGUCCACGUGCCUCAGAUGGUCAUUUAGAGCGAGAUCUAGAUUCCCUGCAAAUGCUUUCGAUCAAAGAAGAAUGUAUGGAAACAGAAGUAUGUGGUGACAUGUCUGAGUCAAGUUCAGCAUUGAACCAUGGGGCCCGUUCAGGCUUUGAAAUAGAUCUGAAGUCUUGCCCGUACUGCCCCGCUCUAUUUGAGUCAGGGGUCGGUCUCUCCAACCACAUAAGAGGGCAUUUGCACAGGGUGGGUCUGAGCUAUAACGCACGCCAUGCCGUGUCAGUGGCUCAGGUAGCUUCACAAGAUAAAGUGCCUCCUGUUCGGCGAAGGAUGGCUGCAGUGUCUCAAGUUAAAACAGAGGUGGACUCGCCUCAGCCUGAGCAGCCGAGAGAACACCCACCAGAGCAGCAGUCAGAGCAGCCGUCAGAGCUUACCUGCCCACUAUGUAGGGAGUGGUUUGACACAAGGACUGGUCUGUCAAAUCAUGUUCGGGGCCAUCUGAAGCGCCUAGGAAAAGCAUGCUCUUCAUCUACGACCAAAUCACCUGUAAUUAUACUAAAGGAACUGAUGCGUGACAAAAAGCAGUUCCAGUUGAAAUUGCAGGCUCUUGAGAAGAAGUGCCGUGCCUCGAAUACUUUAUAUCCUUUUAGAUUAAGCAAUGGUCUAGUUUUCUCCACUGCUAAAGUGCAGCGUUUUGGACAGAGUGGCAAACAACAAGGAUAUGUUUCUUCUCGGUCAGUAGAGGACAAGAAAAAGCCAGAGACUAAAGAUGGGAUGAAAGAAUCACCAUCAAGUGAUCUAAUAGGAAUUCUGAAAAAGAGAAGAGCUCACGAGGAGGCCAAAGCCAAAAGCCUCCCCCAAACAGCAAGAAAGGCUCUUCUUUUAUCCCCAGUUAAAGAGCGUGUUCCACCACUACAACAUUUUAAAACACUGCCAAACUCAAUAUCAGAGAAAAGUGAACUGAACAGGAAAGUUUGCAUUCACUGUAAUGCAACUUUUCACAGUGGUGUUAGUCUCUCCAAUCAUUUGAGGGCAUAUGCACGUCGAAAAAGAAAUGCACUUUUGGAAGGAUCAACGUAUGACUGUAAACAAAGAAAGCAAAGGUCAAGGUCUGGGUCAAAGAAGAAGACUUUUCCUUUGUUGCACACUCCAGAGGAAAUUUACAGACUCACGUGCAGGUUUUGUGAUUUAGUCUUCCAGGGCCCACUGUCUGUACAGGAGGACUGGGUGAAGCAUUUACAGAGGCACAUUAUGAACACUGCUGUACCACGCACAGGGGCAGGAAUGGUGGAGGUCACUUGCUUUCCUGAAGAGCCUAGCUCAGACACAGAACCACAAACCCAACCAUCUGCAAUGCAAGCAAGCUCAUGAGAUCAGAAUACACAGAAGAUUUGUCUGUUGUCCAUGAUAUGAUGUAUUUGUAAAUGAUUUUACCUCCUGUGCAAGUUUAUAUGGUCUUGAAUAAUAAGUAAUUGAAUUUUCACACUUCAGCGCACAAUGAUGUUCAGCUCUUAACCCAACAGUUUUUUAGUAUUGUUGCGUUGUCCUUGUGUUUUAUAUGAUUCAUUAAUAACAGUACUCAUGGUGGGUGAAUGUGUUGAGAUUUCAGUGGAGACCAACACCAAAAGACAACUGUUACCUCAGACACUUCACAAACCUUUUCAGAUAGGGUUUUAUUUCACAGAAAUUGAAGUAGCCUCUACAAAAACUGAAAUAAUACUGUAUGAUUUUUUUUUAAAUGAAAUUCCAUUUAAACCUUUAAUCCUCCCACUUGUUCAUCUAUGGUGCAAAUGUAUAGAAAAAAUAUAGUAGAUAUAUUUACUUAACACCUUUUUAAAUUACAACAUGAUUUAUGAAAAACAAAUUGGUCUGUCACUAUUAGGGGUUUAACCGAUUUCUAUAAUAUGUGUAUAACUACAUAAUUAUGCGUGUCAUUUUUUGUGUCAGAAAUGGGUCACGCACACACUGCAUCCCCUAAUUUUGACUACCACACAUGUGAAAAGUAGGUUUUGCCAUUUGUGCUGGAAAAAAAAUUACGUUUAGUUAUUUUAACUAUUUUUGUUAUAUUUUUGUUUUAAAUAAUUUAUGUCAAAAUGUAAAUCUUGAAAGAUUUUUUUGUCGUGCAGAAUAAAAAAGUUCCUUUUUUAUGUUUUAA